AUGAGAAAAUUAAGGAUUUGUAGUUUCUUAUUUGCCAUUUUUCUAGUUCUCGUGUUCUCACCCGCUGCUGAAUCAUAUUCAGCUACAGCAGAUCUUUCCACCACAUGGACCACCAAUUACUCGGCUGUCAAUCCCAUCCUCCGUAGAGAAAGCAAUGUAGCUGUAUUCACCUGCGGCUUCUUCUGUGAAGAUAACUGUACCUCUUACUACUUUGCCAUAUUCAUUUCUCCGACUACUGAAUCUCCAGGGCAAUAUAAACAUGUUUGGUCAGCCAAGAAAAACUACGACUACCUUAACCCCACCCACCGGGAAAAUCCAAUACUGAAUUUCACUGCAGCUGGAGACUUGGUGCUAGAGGAUGUAGAUGGAUUUAUAUAUUGGAAGACCGACACAGCUGGAAAAUCGGUUGCUGGCAUGAACCUAACUGAUACCGGAAAUCUGGUGUUGUUUGAUCACCGGAACUCUGUAGUUUGGCAAUCUUUUGAUGACCCAACUGACUCUUUGUUACCUGGCCAAAAGCUGUUUCAGGGUCAAGAAUUGCAAUCACGGGAUGGGGCGUCUUCGCUUCAACUCACGGAUAAAGGUUUGUUUGGUUAUGCAUACUAUAAUGAACUGUAUUACAGAUGGUUGGUCUAUGGAAAAGGUACAAACAAAGGAAGAAGAUACAUGAAGUUCUCGAAUGGGAGUUUAUCGAUCUGUAUAGAGUACUCUUCCGAACCAAGUGAUCCUGUUGGUGUGAUUGGCAUACCUGAAGCAUCAUCAGCUCAGUAUAUGAAACUGAUGCCAGAUGGCCAUUUGCAAGUGUUUGAAUGGCAGUUAGAAGAGUGGAAAGUGAUAAAAGAUCUUACUACACUUUUUCAAUCAUAUUCUUAUACAGCAAAUCUUUCAACUACAUGGAACACCAAUUACUCAUAUGCCCAACCUAUUCUCUUUACAGAAACCAACGGAACUCAAUUUGCCUGUGGAUUUCUCUGUGAAGGAAAUUGUACCAACGGCAAAUCUUUACACCAUAUCUUUGCCGUAUUCAUAUAUCCGACGACUUACCAUAAGGCAUAUAAAGUCGUUUGGUCAGCCAACAGAGACUACCCGGUCAGGGAGAAUUCGAUACUGAAUUUCACUUCAGCUGGAGACUUGGUGCUAAAGGAUGGAGAUGGAAGCAUAGUUUGGACCACCAACACUGCAGGAAAAUCAGUUGCUGGCAUGAACCUAACUGAGACCGGAAAUCUGGUGUUAUUCGAUAACCAGAACUCAGUAGUUUGGCAAUCUUUUGAUCACCCAACAGACUCUUUGUUACCUGGCCAAAAGCUGUAUCAAGGUCAAAAACUGAAAUCUAGUGUUUCUUUAUCCAACUCAUCGGGUCAGGAAGUUUGUCACUAUUCAUGUAGUUGUGCCGGAAGAGAACAUUUUAGACCUGUGAACGAUCGCCAACCCAACCUGGGUUGCUCCGAAAUUACACCCCUAACAUGUAAUUCUACACAAGAUCAAGAUUUAAUCAAACUUGAGAAUGUCAAAUACUUUACCUCUACCGCUGACAUGGAAGGGGUGAAUAUGGAAACUUGCAAACAAGCAUGUCGAAAAAAUUGCUCAUGCAAAGCCGCUUUUUAUCAAUAUUAUUCACAUGUUUCAAGUGGAGAUUGUUUUUUACUUUCAGAGCUAUUUACAAUGAAGACUGUUGAUCCACUUUAUUAUAAUGCGUCAGCUUUCAUAAAAGUCCAGUAUGUUACAUCACAUCGUUUACCUCAUCAAGUUGCAAGACUUGUAGGCUAUAUAGUCGGAAGUUUUGUGCUUCUGCUUGUUGUGGCCUUAGGGGUUGUGUAUGUAUUCUAUAAGCGUAAAAGGGAUAUUGAAAUGGAGGAAGAGAAUUUAGAUCAAUUGCCAGGAAUGCCGAAUCGUUAUUCUUAUGAGGAACUGAAAACAGCCACAGAGAACUUUAGUAAAAAGCUUGGUGAAGGAGGAUUUGGAACGGUUUUCGAAGGGACUCUCAGAGAUGGCACCAAGAUUGCAGUAAAAUGUCUUGAAGGGCUUGCGCAUGUUAAGAAAUCCUUCUUAGCUGAGGUUCAAUCCAUUGGCAGCAUUCAUCAUGUUAAUCUGGUUAGACUUCGAGGAUUCUGUACAUGGAAAUCACAACGUUUUCUCGUGUAUGACUUCAUGAGUAAUGGGUCCUUAGAUAGCUGGAUCUACCUUGGAGUUCGAAAGCGUGUACUAGAAUGGGAGUGCAGAAAGAAAAUAAUUCUUGAUAUAGCUAAAGGUUUAGCCUAUCUCCAUGAAGAAUGUAGGCAGAAAAUUGUGCAUCUUGAUAUUAAACCUCAGAACAUACUUCUAGACAGUGAUUUCAGUGCCAAAGUCUCCGAUUUUGGGUUAUCUAAGCUCAUUGACAAAAAUCAAAGUGAAGUGAUGACUAACAUAAAAGGAACCCCUGGAUAUCUUGCUCCAGAAUGGCGGAGUUCGAUUAUCACUGAAAAGGUGGAUGUAUACAGCUUUGGGAUUGUUCUCUUGGAGAUCUUAUGUGGUAGGAAAGUUUUGGAUAGAUCUCAGCCAGAAGAAAGCGGGCACUUGCUCUUUGUCUUUGAGAAAAGUUGGGAGCAAGGAACAUUGUUAGAUAUGGUUGACAGACAAAGUGAAGAUAUGCGGGUACAUAGUACAGAAGUGGUGGAGAUGAUGAAAGUGGCUGCAUGGUGCUUACAAACAAAUUUUAAGAGAAGGCCUUCAAUGUCAUCAGUGGUUAAGGUGUUAGAAGGAGGAAUGGGUGUCGAAUCGAAAUUGGAUUACAACUUCAUAGAUCCAAUAAUUCAGGAAACAGAAGAUGGAGACGGGAAAUAUUUCACACAAUUGUCUGCAUCUCUUCUCUCAGGUCCAAGAUAGGUAGCCAUCAGUUUCUUGUGGAUCAUUCUAUGUAGUUUUUUUUUUUCCUGUUUUUUUCCUUUUGUUCAUAAGAAAUUUUAGUUAGACA